UACACGCCGUCCACGUGGCACGAUUAAUGAAACGGUGCGUUGCGCACCGCAUCGAGGAUGACACCGGGGCUUAUCGUUUUGCCUCCCCUCUUCCUUCACGUACAGAGUGAGGAUGAAAUUAGGGCUAGACGGCUGCCUCCACACUUAUCUCCUUCACGUUCAGCGAAACCCAUUUGAGUGCGAAUGCCAAUUCAAAACCAGAAAUAAAUCCAUUGAAACCAGGUCUACCCAUUCCAAGUCGUGCGAAACCCAUUUGAAAACCAGAAAUUUCAAUAGAUCUAGCAGUCGUGCGAAACCCAUUUGAAAAAACCAGAAAUUUCACCAUUGAAACCAGUCGUGCGAAACCCAUUUGGAAAAACCAGAAAUUUAACCAUUGAAACCAGUCGUUGGAAACCCAUUUCAAAACCAGAAAUUUCAAUAGAUCUACCAGGUCGUGCGAAACCCAUUUGAAACCAGAAAUCUCACCAUUGAAACCUGUUCGUGCGAAACCCAUUUCAAAACCAGAUAUGUGGUGCACCUUCACGCUGCAGAAAACACCCAUUUGAAGGCAGGUCGUGCGAAACCGAUUGGUCAGCGAGCGAAGAAAUUUACCUCACUUUCGCACUUCUCUCGUCGGCGAUUCCAGACGCCUUGCGUCCAUUGUCGAGGUACGCGUUGUCAACUUGGUCUUCCUACUGUUUAGAAGUUCAUCUUCUUUUGCAUUUCGAGAAUCCCAGUAGAUUUUUGAAGGUGCAGGGUUCCGAAAAUGUUGAACUCGGGAAACGAUUUGAGUGUGGUCUGUAUUGUCCCCAUUAUUAUGGAAAUCACCAGAUCUUGUCCCAAGAAAAAGAAUUUGGGCCUAGUUGAAGCAUUAUAUUGCUCUGCUGAAGAGGUCACAAAAACAAUUUUGCUAAUUUCAGUUUUGCCCGUGAUUAGUAGGUUUGGCUUUAUUGGAAGAAGAAUAAUCUUGUUCAAUGCCUUGUUAGAACUUAUAAACUUCAGAAUUUUGAUGACACAAAGUGAAGUUGUCCUUGAAUCCUAGCCUGAUGGCUUGGAUGAUUUUAAGAUUUGGGGUAGAUUUGGGUACACAUUAUAUUAGAAGAGAAAUUUUUAGGAAUUAGGAACCCAAUUUUUAAGACAUUAAUGCAAAACAUGAACGUAGUGGGCUGAGGAUGAUGAAGAAGAGGCGUUGCAUGUGAGACCUAUAUUGUUCAUGCAAGUUGGCACAUUAAUUUGGUGAAUUGGGUGUGGAAGUUUUAAUUGGAGAAGUUAUUCUUGUAGCUGCCGAUAUUAUUGUUUAUUCUGGUGUUAAGCUUAUGUCUAGUUUGGGGUGAUAUACUUUGGAGUUGGCUUACUCUAAUUGAUAUCAUUGUUGGGAUGAAAUAAAAAUAUGAGUAAAUUGAAUAAUACUACUCAUCAAUAUUAUUAUCUUUUCAUCAUCUCAUAAUAUAAAAUUAACACUGUAUGAGAAGAUGACUAAAAAAGCAUGAAUAGAUUUUUUUAAUAUAAAGUAUAAAAUUAAAAUUAUUUUUAGAGAAAUUAUAUUGGUUGAUUGUAAAAUAGGAUAGGAGGAGUAUGUAAAUGAAUUUUACAUAAGAGAUUGGACAAUCAUAAGUUGAAAAUAAAUACUCACAGCCGGAUGUUCAUUCCCACGCACAGAUGUGAGAUAGUUUAACAAGCAUUCAUAGACUGACCGAGAGAAAUUUUUCAUCUAAUUUUGUAGCUUUGCCUUUGUCUCCUAUAAUCUAAUUUUGUAUUCUUUUUUCCAUGCCUCAAAACUGAGCCCCUGCUUUUCGAAGUUCAUAAUUGGGAUUUACAACAGAAGCUGACUGUUGUAGUUUGAUCUCUACUAGAGCUCUGGCAUCAUUGUUUAAAGUCUGAGAAUAUGUCAUCAUCGACGACAACGUCUUCUUCAUCUCUUGCCAAACAAAAGAGGGGUCAUCCGAAAUGCUUCUGUGAGAUUGAAGCCCAACUGAGAUACUCAAAUACGCAACAUAAUCCAGGACGACCCUUCUUAAGUUGUCCAAAGUACAACAAAGAGGGAUUACCAUAUUGUAAGUAUUUCAAAUGGGUAGAUGGCCAUGAAUACCCACUGUCGGACCCAAGUGAAACUCACACUGAAAUUUCCAGCAAGGAGAAGGAGCUGAAGAAAAAACUGGUCGAUAUUGAGAAGAUCAUUAUUGAUUUGCGGCGAAGAGUAGACGACUUCGAGUUCAUACUAUCCAAUAGAAAUGAGGAGUUACUGAAAGAGUUGGUGGCUGUUGUACGUGAAGCAGAAAUAAGACGUUCACGCAUAUUAGUCCGUGGGUUUUGGGCUUUAGCAUUUGUUCUAGCAUAUUACUUGGUGGUUAUGUAGUAAUUUCAGAUUAGUGUUAGAAUUUAGUUGCUGCUGUAUAUUAGACUGAGUACUUCAUAUAUUAGUGAAACUUGUGAACCAUGUUUGCCACUGCACCUGAAACAUGGUUCUCUUACAAGUGUGCCAUGCAUUUUUUGUCAUCCAUUUCUUGUAUUGCAUGGAAAUGAUUAUGUGGUGGAUGUUGUAGUUAUGUCAAAACUGUAAUUAUUUUGUAUUACUGAAUGAUUAUGUGGAAAUGAUUCAUGCGGCCAGUGGGAUUUUAAGAUCAA